AUGAAGUUUGCAAAAUUGUUUUCUUGCUAUCAAAUACCGGAGUGGUAUGAGCAUUAUUUGGAUUACAGGGGAUUCAAAAAGCUAAUUAAGGAAAUAAAUAUUAUUCAAGACACGUUAUUUUAUGAAAAAUAUUACAAUAAUCAAAAUAAUGAGGGUAAUACUGGAGGUGAGUAUAAUUCAGAGGAAGAUAAGCUUCUUGUUGAUGGUAGAAAAUCAGAACCUCCACGGAAAAGAAGAGAUGGCACAAUUCUGGGUGAUAAUAUAGAUGUAAAUAAAGAAGAAGAUUCUUUUUUUAACAAUGAGGAAAUAAAAGAGAGAGUUCAUUUCUUUAUAUUGGAAUUUAACAAAGAAAUUGAAGAUAUCGAGAAUUUUUAUUUACAACAUUACAACCUAUAUUGUUCAAGAUUGAACCUAUUAAUUUUAUCCACUCAAUUUAAUGAUAUCUUGCCAUUGUUAUCCACUCAUUCCUAUUUAAAUGAAAAAAUAUUAGAAUUAAAACAAUUUUGUGAUAGUUUCAACUCAACAAUAACUGAUAAGUCAGAUAAUCCUGUUUAUUAUAAUCCUAGCAAUAAGGAUAUGCUUAAAUCUUCUAGUUUGGCAACCAAUUCGAAUAGUAGUAAUAGUGCAAGUGUAAAUAAUCUGAAAUUGCCAAACUUAAUUGACUAUGAUUUAGCCAAUAACAAUAGUGCCACAAUUAGUGGUAUUAACGGGUAUCCAUACUCGACAUCAUCAAAUAAUUCACAGGUAUCCACAACAAUUUUAAACAAUAAUUUGCAAAUCAUCGAUGAAAUAGAAGAAAUAUUAAAUUUCCUGUUGGAUCUAAGAUUGAAUUACAGGAAUUUAAAAUUAUUUAAAGAAAUGAAUAAGAGAGCCUUGUUUAAGCUUAUUAAAAAAGUUCAUAAAAAAAUUGGUUAUAAUAUGGAUUCAAAUGAUGAGGUCAAAUUCGUAAACAUAGAUAAUUUUUUAUAUGAUUCCAAUAUUUCAAAAUUACUAGAUUAUAUUAAUUCCAUAUCUGUUGAAUUGACAACUAUACUGAAUAGUAUUACAGAUAACUCUUCUUCAUCCCCAAAUAAUAACAAUUUCAAUGCAAAUCUAAUUACGUUAUCUUCUCCAUUCGAUCGUUUUAAUUUUACCAAUACUGAUAAUUAUAUUAACAAUAAAUCUCUAAAAGAUAUAUCAAAUGAAACUAGAAUUAUUUAUGAUUCAAUUGAAAAUGAUAAUAUAAUACAAACCAUAAAUAACUUAACCGAAAUUUAUAAAGCAACGGAUAAUAUCCCAAUGAGAACACAAAUUAAUUUAUUAAAUUUAGCUGUAUUUUCUGAAUCUUCUAAUUGUAUUGCAUUCAUGAUAACUUCAUUUAAUUCAAUAUGGCACCAAAACAAAUUAAAUAAGAGAAAUUUUUUCCAUCAUCACAUAAUUUCAUUAUCAAAGUUGAUAGAGAAUUUUUCAGAUAUCCAGGAUGCAGACAUGAAUAGAAAUGGAACUGAGGCUAUAAGUGCAACUAACUCUUCCGACAAUAUUGUUUCAAAGAUUGAAAUAUUAACUGCUGGCUUUAAAUAUCUUUUAGAUCAUCUACCAACUCAGCAUAUACUAUCAUUAUUAGAAAAGGAUAUAUAUGAAAGAACACCUCUUCAUUAUGCUUCUAAAUUUGGUCUGAACACUAUUGUUAAUUAUAUCAUUUCAACACUAAAAGAAUGUAAGCAUUGGGAUUCAAAUAUGUCUAUUGCAAAUGUCAAUUAUUGGGGUGACUAUGAAAACAUGACACCAGUUCACUUGGCAAUUGUCAACUCGCAUCCUUCAACUUUAGAAGAACUUUUAAAACUUUCAUACAUUUCUGCUGAAGAUUCGAGUAUUUUGUUGUACACUACAAGGUUAGGAAAGUACGAGCUACUGGAAAUCUUAUUGAAAUGUAAUAACUUAGAUGUUAAUAUUACUGAUAAGGAAACUAAUGAGACAUCUUUAUAUUUAGCAUGUAAACUAAAUCACCAAAAUAUGGCCCAAACAUUAUUAGAAUAUAAAGCAAAUACAGAGUUGUUUGAAAAAACUUUCAAUUGGACUCCAAUUUUUAUUGCAUCUGUUGAAGGAUAUAGUGAUAUUGUUCAAUUAUUACUUAAGCAUAAUGCCAAUUAUAAUAUAUUUGAUAGUAAUGGGUGGACACCAAUGGAGCAUGCAGCAUUGCGUGGGUUUCUAGAAAUUGCAAAUCUACUAAAGAUAAAAAAUAAUCCUAAUAUUACAAGUCCAAAUAUUAAAGAAAGAGAUCAGUUACCGAUUAAUAUUAUACAGCCAUAUCCUUCUUCUGUUUCUAUCUCAUCUUUGGCAUUAGACCCAAUUGGUGAUUCCAACACAAUGGGAGAACAAUAUUUAGAGAAAAGACCAAGUACUCUGUUCAAAGCAAAAGAUUCAUCAACGAGCAAUAUCCAAGAGUCUAUAACUUCUUUCGGUCAUAAGAUUUUAAAUACCUCAGAAAGUGAGCUAAUUAUUACAUUAGGUAGCCAUUAUAUGUUCAAGACUGAUCCAGCAUUACAAUUUUUUAGUGAUAAUAGAAGUAGCACAUUAUUUGACGAUCUAGAUAUGGAAAUUUCAUUAGUUAUUACAUAUGAGAAUGCGCUUUCUGAUAAGAAAAUUGUUAUUGACUUACCCUUAGAUGAUAGUAGAGAUAUUAUUAAAUUCCGUAUUCCACAUAACAAUAAGAAUGAUUGUAAAGUCUACUUUGAUUUGGUUCCAGUUUAUAAUAAACGAACUAUUGAUUCUCUAAAAUAUCAAGAAAAUAUUAACAAUGCUUCAAUCCCAUGCAUCGGUAGAGGUGUUGCAUUAUUAAGUAAUAUUAAACAACCUGUUGGCCCAAAUAUGCGCUCUUUAGAUGAUAAUAUAACUCUUCCAAUAAUAAGAUUAACCGAUUCAAAUAUUAUUGGUACGGUCAACUUUAAUUUUAUGAUAAUCAAACCUUUUCAUAAUUCUAAUAUUAAUUUAGAAUUGGAAUCAAAAUAUUGGAGAUCAUUAGUUUCUACAAGGGUCAUUGGUCAUAGAGGUUUAGGUAAGAAUAUCAAUACAAAAAAAUCAUUACAAUUAGGAGAAAACACUGUUGAAUCUUUUAUCGCAGCUGCUUCAUUAGGAGCAUCAUACGUUGAAUUUGAUGUUCAACUAACAAAAGAUAAUGUACCUGUAGUUUACCAUGAUUUUCUAAUUGGUGAAACAGGGGUGGAUGUUCCAAUGCAUGAGCUAACUGCAGAACAAUUUUUGCAGUUAAAUAAUAAUAAACUAGAGCCAUUUAUGAAGCCAGGCAUUAGAAAUAGAAGAUUAUCCUUAGAUGGGACAGAAUCUUUAAGCAAAGUUCAAACCUGGAAUGGCAAUGAUGAUAAGUCUAAAGAUAUAGAUGAAACAAAAUCUAAAUACAAUGAGUAUUUUGGCAAGAAUCUAAUUGAAGAAAGGAUGAAACUUACCAAGUCGUUUCAAAAGUAUAAUUAUAAAGGAAAUGCAAGAGGGCAUACUAUUGCAUCCUCAUUUGUAACUCUAAAAGAAUUGUUUAAAAAGAUUCCGGAAAAUGUAGGAUUCAAUAUCGAAAUGAAAUAUCCCAUGUUGGAUGAAGCUAUUGAGGAAGGUGCAAGUAUACUUGCACAUGAGAUGAAUCAUUGGGUAGACACGGUGCUAAAUGUUAUAUUUGAUAAUAUUAAUGGCAGAGAUGUUAUUUUCUCAUCAUUCCAUCCUGAUAUAUGUAUCAUGUUGUCACUAAAACAAUCUGCCAUUCCUAUCUUGUUUUUAACAGAAGGUGGUGCUACAAGAAUGGAAGAUAUUAGAGCCUCUUCAUUACAAAAUGCGAUUAAAUUUGCCAGAACAUGGAACUUGUUAGGUAUUGUUAGUGCAGCUGAACCAAUCUUAAAGGCACCUAGAUUAGUUCAAGUGAUUAAAAGUAGCGGACUAGUAUGUGUUACAUAUGGUGUAGAAAACAAUGAUACUGACAAUGUAGAAAAAGAAAUGAAUGCGGGUGUUGAUGCAGUUAUUGUUGAUAACGUUCUGGCUAUUAGGAAAGGUUUGACAAAAACUAUAGCUAAUUGA